AUGAAUGUGUUGAAGCUGAAGGCGGUGUCAGGUGAGAACCCUAUUAACGACACUGUGAAAAGGGAAACGGUGGAUCUCGGAAACGGAAGCGACGUCGUAUACAUUCAGAGGCUAAUCCCCUCCGAUCAGUCAUGGAAAUGGUUUCAAUAUAUCGACAAACACAUCCCAUGGACUAGACCCACCAUUCGUGUCUUCGGAAAAUCUUUCCUUCAGCCUCGAGAUACAUGUUAUGUUGCAACUCCAGGAAUUACCCAGUUAACUUACAGUGGAUAUCAGCCGCAUGCAUAUUCUUGGGAUGAUUACCCACCACUCAAAGACAUGUUGGAUGCUGUCCAUAAAGCUCUCCCUGGGAGUAGUUUUAAUAGCUUACUCUUAAAUAGGUACAAUGGUGGCAAUGACUAUGUUGGUUGGCAUUCUGAUGAUGAGAAGCUUUAUGGACCAACGCCUGAAAUUGCGUCUCUAACUUUCGGAUGUGAACGUGACUUUGUUUUGAAGAAGAAGCCAUGCAAAAAAUCUUGUGAUGUAAGUGAUGAACCUGCCAGCAAGAGAUUAAAGAAGGGUAGCCAUGAUGCUGAUCAGCAUACAUUUAGACUUAGGCACGGGUCCCUUUUAGUGAUGAGAGGCUAUACCCAACGAGAUUGGAUUCACUCUGUGCCCAAGCGUGCAAAAGCUGAAGCUGUACGCAUUAACCUUACCUUUAGGCGGGUUUUCUGA